GAGCUGCCCAGGGGGACGGGGGGGUCCCACUGGUGCGAGCCUCCCUCCCUCCCUGUCCCUGCAGCUCCUCCCUGCCCUCCCCCAGCCGCGCUCUCCGCGUCCUGCGGCGGCUCCGGCAGCAAAUCCAGCGGCGCCUCGGGCAGUGGCAGCGGCUGCAGGGAGCCCUGGGAGCCGCCGGACAGAGGCAGGAGGUGAUUUGGGGGCUGGGAGGAAGGACACGGAGCCCAUGGCAGCAUCAGCCCCGUUCCUCGCCCUUGGAGCUCUCCCUUUGGGGCUCGGGGGGUGCCAGCCCUGGUUCUGUCCCCGAGGAGGAGGAGGAGGAGGAGCAGAGGCAGCAGCCGGAGAAGGUCCCAGCUCCAGGAGCCCCGAGGGAGCCCCUGGUCCAGGGACAGAGGGAACAUCCCCAUCCCUCCCCGGCCCUGAGCUCCCGGGGGCUCCUGCAGCAGCUCCAGCAGCACUUCCAGGAGCUGCAGCUGGAGAAGACACGGGACACGGGGAGCCCGACGGCCCUGGGGGACAAUUGGGCACCAGAGAGGAGACCCGGGGCCAGCCCGAGGUGGGGACUCCCCCUCUGGCACCGGCCCAGCGCUGACCCAAGGAAAGGAAGAGGGGCAGAGCUCCAUCACGGAGCACAAUUCCCGGUGGGAACAGCCUCCAGGCAGGUCCCACCAGCACCACCCCACGGCACCAGUGAUCCCAGGGUCACUGUUCCAUCCUGAGGGAAUCAGCUGGGAUGGCCAUGCAAUCCCAGGGAUCAGGCACAGGGCUCCCACAUCCUCUUCCCACCCUGCAGCUCCUCCCCUGGUCACUCUCCCAUCUCUCACUCCGGGACAGAGCCGGGGGGGAGUGCAGGUGCCAUUUUAUUUUCUGUUCCACCACAGUUGGAUAUUUGGGAAAAAUUCCAAGCUGAAAAGGAAGUUAAACACUGGCCCAAGCUGCCCAGGGCGGUGGUGAAAUCACCAUCCCUGGAAGUGUCAAAAAAACGGGUCCAUGUGGCACUUUGGGAUGGGGUUUAGUGGGAUUUGCUCAAAGGUUGGACUUGAUGGUCUUGGAGGUCUUUUCCAGCCCUAAUGAUUCCAUGAUUCUGAGUUUUCUCCCUGGACACUGAGGUCUCAGUUAUGGAAUUACAAUAGUCAGAACAAAGCUCCUGAAAAUUCCUCAAAAAGCACCACGAGGUUGUGACAGAUCCUGGAGCUGCCAAGUGCCCUUGGCCAAGUGGGAUCUGCCCAUGGAGCCAGGCUGGGAUCGCUGACCCCGGGACAGAGAAAACCCAAGGAAAUUGUUCUGUUUGGAUGCUUUAAUUUAAUUUGGAAAAGGAGAAACCCAUUCCUCCAUCUCUGCACAUCUUGGGAAAUGCUGGUUUUAAUUUGCAGGAGAAUAUCCAAGGAAAGUUUCUCCACGUGCAAAGGGAAAAAUGGGAGUUUCUUGCAGGAUUUCAUUGCUGUGCCCAGGGGAGGGAAUGGAUGAGGAUUGAAAUAUUUGUGUGUUUUCUUUCCAAUGAAAAUAAAAGUGAGUAUUGUU